UGUUACGUUGCCGGCUACGGAUUACAACGUUUUCGUUUUCCACCCGUGACACCGGGAAACGAUUUAAAUCCGUAAUAACAUAUUUUGCAACACUACCGCCGCGUCCGUCGUCGCAGUGCGUCGGUGUUUUCGGAAAACCGUGUAAAUUCUCGCGAUCGGUGUUCCCUAUUCUCUUCUCGUGCUCAACGGUUUUCCGACCGUUCGAACCGUGGUUUUUUGUUUUUCCUUUCCGGCGACGAAAGGAUUCGAAACGUACGUGUGCGUGCGUGGUGGCUAAAAGUAUACGUUUAACGCACAGCUGCGAAACACAUCCCGGCUAACCUUGGAUGUAUUUGGACUGGUUUCCGGCUGUGCAAAUUUUAUGGCAUCCGACCGCGUUUUUAAAAAAUACAAAAUUUCUUCCAUUACAACUUACCAAUGUUGUAUCGGUGUCUCGAUGGAUUUACGUGUGUAACAUGAUGAGAACAUGAUGUACAACGUGUAAAUCGUUUUCCGUCGAAAUCAUAUUUCGUCGUCGUCAGUAUCAGGCGUUUUUCAACGGUACCUGCAAUGAUUACUAGCGGUCUCGUGGUGGACGGCGUUAGCCACGGGCUUCAGGCCCAUCUGCCUUACAACCACCAGGCCGUCGCCGCGGCCGUCCACAGCCACCGUAUGUCUUACGUGGAACCGUCGGUGUACAUGAAGUCUGUGGUGCCGCCACCACCUUCGCCGCAGCAGCAGCAACAGUCUUCUGACCCGCCGACUACACCGGAAUUCCUGCGGCCAUUGCCGAAACCAGCGCCAGUGAACCCUCUGAAGACGUCCCGGGUGUCGUCCAAGUACGCGGCCGACUGCCGCCCUGUCAACCUGACAGCCACCAAAGAACCGUUGCCGCCGCCCCCGCCACCGGUGGACCACCACCUUAGGUUGGACGACCGACACCAUCCGUAUCCCGUGUACGGACACCCACGGCUUUACGUAAGCGCGUCACCGUACCACCCGUACCCCAUGCACCAACCACCAGCACCGUACGGCGUGUACACCAGCCCGUACGCAUCUUUGAUCCCGCGGGACACCAGACACCAUCUAAUGCAGCCGCCGCAGGAUCAAAGGUACCCUAGCCCGCCUAGUAAGAAUCUGAAUGGUGGUGGCGUCGGUAGUCAGGCCAGUCCGUCGUCGUCGCCACCCGAACAGUUCAAAGUGCCCAAUGGUCGAGACAAUAAGCCACCUAUUCAGCAACAGCAACAACGAAUAUUACCACCUCCGCCGUCGAUUUCUUCGGUGGUCGUGCCUGCCAUCAACAACAACAACAACAACAAUAACAACAAUAACAAUAACAACAACAAUAACAAUAUCAUCGGAUCCGCAGAGCCUUUGCCGAAAAAAAUGCGACGCAUCGCAGCCGAAUCACCGCCUUCUACGCAAGCUACUAAAACGUCCAAUUUCACCAAAGGUUCGCUAAUACGGUUGGCCAAUGGUAAUAUAAAAAAAGUCGAAGACAUGAGAACCGAAGACUUUUUAAACUCCGUGGAGAACAGUGAUUUGCACAAGAUCGAUCCUAGCACGGUUGUCAGAAUCGAGCCCGUAACGGAUUCAACGGUCAAAGGCAACAUAAAGAUCACACUCAGCUACGGCGACCAAAGAAAUCAGAUCGGCGCGGACAGCAAGAACACUGGUGAGGCAUCGCCAGGGGCGUGCAAGUCGCACCAGGUGGAAAUGGAGAGCGGCGCCGAACACCCGUACUUCGUGUUCGGGCGGGGCUGGGCGUCGUGGAGCCCGGCUAAGACGUUGGCUAGGUACGGGCUGACUUGCCAACGGUUGCAGGUGGGCGACGUGUGCGUGUCACUGACGAUGAAACGUUCGGCCGCUGCGGCUGACUCGGCGACUCACGGAAAGCGACGGCAACCGUCCUUGGUCACCGUUCACCAGAAACAAAUCAACAACAACAACCCGCACAAGCAUCAGCAGCAACAACAACAACAACAGCAGCAGCAACAGCAACAGCAGCCGCCCCAGCAACACCAUCAUCAUCAUUCGGCGGUCGUGCAGAAAGCUCAACGCCACCAGCAGCAGCAGCAGCAGCUGCUGACGGUGGACGAUGACAAGACCGGUAGAAACAAGAGACGGUGGUCCGCGCCUGACCCGGAACCCAAUAUUUGAAGAAAAAAAAUUAAAUCUCUGUGCCUAUGUUUUAUUAUUAUUAUUCGUUCGUGUCUCCCGGGAUCUCGAUUUUGUACGACGCGUAUAUGCGACCAUGGUUUAAAUACUAUAAGUAUAUAUAUAUAUAUAUAUAUUAAUACUAUGUAUUAUAUUGACGUAAUGUAUUUACGUGCGAGAUUUUUGCGGGAUAAAAAAACUAUGUCAAAAAAAUCCUCUAGUCCAUCGGCGACGACACAUUAUUAUAUUAUUAAUAUUCGUUUUGUUUUUUGUACUAUUUAUUUUUUUUUAUUUUUCGUUUUUUCCUAGGUGCCCGAAUCAAAUUAAUUCCAAUGCUGUUUUCUUCGAAAUUUUUUCGCAAUAGAAAGUGUUCUUACAACUGUUCGCUGAUAUCGUUGGUUUUUUUUUUUUUUUAGAUUUUUCUCAGCCUAAUCCAUACUGCGACUGAAAACUCUUGGAAUUUUAAGAAAUUGUUUUGUUGUAUUUUUUAAAUUCUAUCGGUGUAAUAUACUAUACGCAGUGUUGAACCCCUGACUUUGGACUAGAUGGUCGGGUCAUAGACACUACAAAAUCAAAAGCAAAACGAAAUGAUAACUAAAGGAUUCACUUGUUUUUCUCAAUAUAAUAAAUAUGUUAAAAUGUAAUUGUUAUGUUUAAAAAUAAAAAAUACCUAUUUUUAUC